AUGUCUUCGAAUAAAAGUGAUGAAAAAAAAAAAGGGAAAUUACCAGAGACAGAAGAACCUAUUAAAGUCAAUAAUAACAACAACCAAUUACAAAAUCAACAAAAAAGUGUAAAUGAAACACCAUCAAGCAAUAACGAUAAUAUUGAUAAUAAGUUAGUGUCAUCAACAACAAGUGUAGUGAAUAACAAUUAUGACUCUAGUACUUUAGAUAAAUCAAAAUCUAUUUUAUUAAACAAUAACAAAAAUUAUGUAAUUAAAAUCCAAGAAAAUGAACAAGUGGCUGACGAGAAUUCAAUAUUUGAUGAGAAAUUGAAUAAUCUUAACAUUAAUAGAAAGCUUUCAAAUGCUGAGGAAGAUGUGUGCUAUCCUAUAAGACCACCACAUAAAAAAGAGGGAAUAGAUUUUGAAGCAUUGGAAGAAUAUAUUAGAGAAGAAAAUGCAUUGAUGGCAAAGAAAAAGAAUAAUUCCACCACUACUGUUGACAAUAAUGAUGAUGAAGCAAGAACAAUUUCAUCAACUCGACGAUUUAGUCAAUAUACAGAAAACAUUAAGCCACCAGAUCUUACCGAAGAAUUACGAUUUACAUUUUAUUCUACAGAGACAGGCACUAUACGAGCCAACUGUUUUUCAGAGAUUCCACCAAAAGGUCAAACAAUGACAGAAUUAUUAAGACAAGGAUGCUUUUGGAUUGAUGUAUUAUCACCAACUGAUUCAGAAAUGAGGAUUUUAAGUUCGAUUUUUCAAAUUCAUCCUUUGACAAUGGAAGAUAUUGAGACAGAAGAAUCACGAGAGAAAUGUGAAUUAUUCAAAAAUUAUUAUUUCAUUAAUUUUCAAUCAUAUGAUCAAAACAAUUGUAUUCCACCAGAUAUUGAACCUACAAGCAUGUUUAAUGUUGUCAUGAGAGAAGGAAUACUAUCAUUUCAUUUUCAACCAACACCACAUGCUCAUAAUGUGAGAAGAAGAAUACGUCAAUUAAAGGAUUAUAUCAGAGUGACACCUGUAGAGUUUCAAUCAGAUGCAAUUGAUCAAUUGGUGAUGGUGCUUAAGAAUUCAGAGCAACAAGAUAUGUUGAUGAGAAUAGGAAUUUGUCGUAAGAUGGUGAUGACACUUUUAAAAUUGUUGGGUACAAAAGCAGAUGUUAUCAAAGCAUUGAUUAAAAGAUGUGAAGAAAUAAUUGCAGUAGGUGGUGAAAAACUUGGUGAGAAACAUGGGCCUGGGGAUGUUGUUCUUUAUUUAGGUGAUAUUCAAGAUCAUAUUCUUACAAUGUUACAGAAUCUUAAUCAUUAUGAAUUGAUUUUGUCACGAGCACACUCAAAUUACCUUGCACAAAUAUCUAUUGAAAUUACACAACUUAGCAACAAAACCAAUAAUAUUAUAAACAAGUUAACAGCAUUUGCCACAAUACUUUUACCAAUGAAUGUUGUAACAGGAUUAUUUGGAAUGAAUGUUAAAGUACCUGGUCAAGAUGAGGACAAUCUCAUAUGGUUUCUCUCGAUUGUUGGAGCAAUUUCAUUGUUUGGAUUGAUAGGCAAUAAAUUUAGUACACCUAUAUCUCUUAAGAGUUAA